AUGGCCAGUGCAAUUGUGAUGGAGAAAGUUGCUCGACCGGAAUUAGCUAAACACGAAUCGUCGAUUCUGGAUCUAGUCUUUGUCAUGGACUGUACUGGAUCGAUGUCAUCGUAUAUUGAGAGUGCUACAAGUAAUAUACGUUCAAUUGUUGAAGAAAUUGUCGUUAGUGAAAAAAGUGAUAUUCGUUUGGCGCUUGUUGAGUAUCGUGAUCAUCCACCUCAAGAUCAUACUUUCGUCACUCGUGUACAUGAUUUUACUGCUAAAGUUAGCGAGAUGAAAGGUUGGCUACAACAAUGUCAAGCAAAUGGAGGUGGAGAUGCACCAGAGGCUGUGGCUGAUGGACUACAUGCUGUUCUUAAACUAUCAUGGCGUACUGAAUCAACAAAAAUUUGUAUUUUGAUUGCCGAUGCUCCACCCCAUGGACUCAACCCGAGUGGUGAUGGUUUUCCCAAUGGAUGCCCUGAUGGUCUCGAUCCUGUGCAAAUUGUUCGAGAAAUGGUAGAAAAACACAUUACCCUGUACUCAGUUGGCGUUGAACCUCCUAUUACGCCUUAUCGUGAUUUUUUCAUGUCAUUGGCUUAUACUACAGGUGGUCAAUAUGUUCCCAUGGUUAAUGCUAAACUCUUAGCUAAAGUUAUCAUUGGUGGUGUACGUGAAGAGAUUUCUUUGGAUCGGUUAAUGCAAGCUGCUGAAGAAGAUAUUAAUCGUGAAAUGCAACGAGCAGCAGCAGAAGGUGCUGAUGAUAAAGAAAAAGUUAAACGAAUCAACAAUAUUUUUGCAACGAAAAAUCUUUGCUCGACAACUAUGACAAAUGCCUUUGGAACGACCUCCUUUGCAGCUAAGGCAUAUUCUUCAACGUGUCAGAAUAUGGCUCAAAUGCAGCAUGCAUUCUUAUCAACAUCACCAGCUGCUGCACCGACAACUGCAUCUACUCUAUUUGAACCUGGCCCGCCUCCGCCCGCACCUCAUCCAUGUGGAUUUGGUAUACCUCCGUCCGCGUUGCCACCAUUUACAUUUGGUACAGUUUCAGCUGCUCCACCACCGGUCGCACCGUCUUCAUUUACAUUUGGUACAGUUUCAGCUGCUCCACCACCGGUCGCACCGUCUCCAUUUACAUUUGGUACUGCUCCACAUCCAGCCACGCCUAAUUUAUUUGGUACGCCCUCUGUGACGACACACACACCUGCUUCAUUUUCUUUUGUUACUACUACAGAAACUUCUGGUAUCGAUGGUGUACCACCAGUUGCUAGAGCAGAAGUAGAUAUCAACUAUGAUGUGACGGAAAAUACAGCUGUGAAUGAAGAUCAAGCUGAACGUAUCUAUCAAAAAUGGCAACAUCGUAAAAAAUAG